GGCACGACAAAAAGUGGGUGAGCGAGAGACGGAAAGCCUGGAACAGAGUUUGCGACAGUUGAGUGGGGAAGUAGUGAUGACAAGCACAUGGGUGUGGUGGGUGAGCAGCCUUUCACAAGUGACAUACAGAGGAAAGCACCGUCAUAAUGAGGAUGUGGAUGAAUCUCUGGACUCGUGCACCUCACAGGAUGGACACCACGAUUUAUUCGACCCAGUUGGCCUUCUUCCUGUUUUUCAUGUUUAAUGUGACAAGGGCUCAAAUUCCUACAACAGCCAAUCAAAUGCCGACCGUCAGCAACAACAUGACAGCAACAACGCUCGCCACUCCGGCUCUUACAGGAGGAGACGUGGGAAGCAGAGUCACCAGAGAUGCAAACUCCUCUUUGCCAUCUGUCAAUAACCACACAACCCCGUCAGAAAGGAUGACGACAAAGUUUACACGCGCUCCAGCAUCUCCGGUGACAUCCUCCCCAUCCAUAAGUGUGAAACCCACUAAAAACGGAGCCCGCAAAGAAGAGGCCUGGGAUCCGAAGUGGGAUGAAGAUUUCAUCUACGAUUAUGAGUCCCUGCGCUACGCUGGACUGUCCAUUGCAGCGGUGCUUUUCAUUGUGGGCAUCAUGGUCAUUGGCUGUGGCAGGGCCUGUCGGCUGUGUAGACGUCACAAAAGGUCACCAAAAUCAUAUUGAGCUUUUUGAUGAGAAAAAUCUCACAGUGUGCACAUUUUGACGCAGAGCUGUGAGAAGUCAACCAGGAGUUCAUCCAGAAAAAAAACUAACCCAGCACCAUGGUUGAAAAAGUAAAAUGACUGACUAUAUGUUGCUUGGUAACAAGGUCAAAGAAAAACACUAAACAUAGAAAAAAUUGUUCAUGCUGACGAGUGAGAAAAAGUUGAACCACCCACUUAAUCUUUAUGUAACAUCAUUUCUAUACUUAGUGAAACUCCCUGAAAAGGGAUUAUUUGUAUUUGCAAAUAAUAAGGAGAUUAUUCCCAUUUAAUAACACUUUCAAACCACGAGGCAGCCUUGUUUCUAAUCACCUUUUUUAUUGUAUAACUGAGCAGCCGUAGGCAGUGGCUCACAGCCAGGAUUCUAUUAAACACUUCCCUCUCCUGAUAGAUAGUAGACGCUCUUUACACUUUCAUCUCAACAAAAACGUGAUGCUUGCAAGUCAGUAGCGUUAUUAUUAUGGUUAUCAUUGCAUAAAUGGCAUCAAAUGAUCUGGACAAUAAACGGGGAAAAAACUU